CCAAAAGAAAAGGAAAAGGUAACUUUCUUGUGGGGAGUUUUGUCUCUCUUUAGUUUCCAAAGGGUUUCAGUAUGUAUAUUUGGUUUUCCUUGUAAUUUGAAACUUGCUUGAAAGUUUCAAGCCCCAAAAAUGAAAAUAUGCCAAGAAAUGUAAAACACAAUGUAGGCCUAUCCCACCUUCCUCUCCCUGUCUUCACCACCAUCCAUUUUUGCACAACUUUCUUCAUUUUAUUAGUUUGCAGAAAUAUUGAAAACAACAAAUAGCUGUCUUUUCCAAUAUCAAACUUUCUUUAGCUUCCAAAUCUUAAACAAACCCUAACCAACUAAUACAAGAGUAGGGAGAGAAAUAAGAAAAAGAAAAGAAGAAAAAAAGGUAAGGUAAAUUCAGAAUAAAGUUGGCGGCUCCUUUUGGGGUAUUCAUGGAGUUGCAGUUGCCCACUUCCCUUCAACAAAAAGCUCUCUCCACCUUUUUUGCAUCACAGCCACUUUCUCUUAGUAUAGACUGAAAGACCUUCAAUCCUAGCUAAAACUUUUUGGCAGAUUUCUGCAGUUGUUGAAUACAAUGCAUUCAUGAAGUCAUCAGAAGAGUGACUCAAAAUCUGACGAGGGUGUUCAUUUUUAAGUUAAAAAGAAGUGUUUAUUUUUAAGUGAAAAAGAAGUGUUCAUUUUUAAGUGAAAAAGAAGUAAAGAACUGAAAUUUUCUCUAUGGACUGGAACUUGAAGACCCCAUCUUGGGAUUUCACUCAAUUGGAACAAGAUGCAUUGAAGAACAUUAAUUCAAUAGGUGCAUCCAGCAACUUUGUUGAGCAUAUAGCGACUUCUGGGGAUUUCACGGUUGAUUUGAAACUCGGCCAAGUCAGUAAUCUGGGAACAAAAUAUGUAGUCAAUGAGCCAGGAGUCUUUAAAAUGGCACCAUCCCCUUCAGAACCAUCUAAGAGGGCAAGAGGAUCUGGAAAUGGAGCUCAGCCUUUGUCAUGCCUUGUUGAUGGAUGUGUUUCAGACCUUAGCAACUACAGAGAUUACCACAGGCGCCAUAAGGUCUGUGAGCUUCACUCGAAGACUCCCCAGGUUACAAUUGGUGGCCUAAAACAAAGAUUCUGCCAGCAGUGUAGCAGGUUCCACUCACUAGAUGAAUUCGAUGAAGGAAAGAGAAGCUGUAGGAAACGUCUUGACGGACACAAUCGAAGGAGACGGAAGCCGCAGUCAGACUCCCUGUCACGAAGUAUUUUGUCUCAUUACCAAGGUUCUCAACUUUUACCAUUUUCUAGCUCUCAUGUCUAUCCAUCUACACUAGUCAUGAACCAUUCCUGGCGUGAUCUUGCCAAUAAUACUGAGAUAGAUGCAAGGCUUCAUGUUCAGCAAGAGCCAACCCACUUUCCUGAUAAACACAACAUCUAUCUUGGAUCAUCGUCAAAUGAUAGUGUCCAUAAAAUUGGAAAACAGGUUACAUUUAUGCAAAGUGACAAUCCGGAAUCUUCAGUUGGCCAGCCUCUUGUCAAGACCAUUGAUUUUUCAGAAAAUGAAAUCGGUCGAAGCAAAAUGUUAUAUGACGGGUUUAAGACUCCAGGCCAUGAAUCGGAUUGUGCUCUCUCUCUUCUGUCAUCUUUGCAGACACAGGCAUCUGGGAUCGGUUUUAGUGAAGCCGAGCAGGACCGUCAUCUUAUAUCCUUCCUGCAGCCAUUAGAUGUGAGCUUAGGUCAUCACAACAGCUUGGAGCCAAUUAAUUCAGUACUGAAUGGCAGUGUGAGUAAUGCUGAUAUCAACUGUUCAGGAAUGUUUCACAUUGCAUCUAAUGAUGGAUGCAAUGAAGCUCCCCCACCAUCUCUUCCUUUUCACUGGCAGUAGUGACUUCAGUACACAAAAACUGAUCUUUUUGUGUAAACAGGAAUGUGCAAUCAGUGCUUCUGUAAAUCCAUGCCCAUGUUAUUCAGAAGAAUGUUCACUUUAUUAUAGAUUCAAGUUUUAACUGCUGCCUGCCUUCUAUGCUUGUGAGGCUUAACAAUGAUACUUCUUUCAUUUCAACUUCAGAUGCUUUAUGGAGUAUUUCAUUACAUGUUUUUUCACUGCUUUA